CUCCUAAAACUAACCAAUUCUGGAUGGUGCACCAUAUGCGUGUCCUAUCACUGUUGGGUACAUAUCCAUUACUUUUCAGGGAAAAUGUAAUGGCAGUGACUUAAUUGCGUUUUCUUGGGCAAUAAUUGAUAACACCUAUUAAAUUUAAGAUAAACUCUGAAAUAUCCAUUAAAAAUCAUAUGCAUUUCACAGCGCGAUAGACCAGCUGAAAAUUUUACACACCCAUGAAAAGCAGAUGAAAAACUACAGAAUCAUUGCUUUUUCGUGGGAAAUUCAUGUAUACAUGCAUACAUAAGAUUGAAAUAUCCAUGAAAAUUCCAUACAUGUUGAAGUGAGUCAAAAUUUAAAUAUAUAUGUAUGCCUAUAAUAGAUAUAUCUAUUAUAGGCAUACAUAUAUAUGCAUAGUUUAGGCAUAUACUGCAUACCAGAGGCGGAUCCAGGAAAAAGGAAAGGGGGAUUCCAAACGUGAAAAUCUCUCUCAGCCAGGGGAAGUCCCAUAAUAGGCUUGCGUAGGAAACAGUCAACUAGCUAGCCUAGGCUAACUAUUGACUUUGAACACUCUUUUGGCAGUUGAUACAUCAUAACUUUACAAUAGAGCUCUACAAAAAGCUAGCUGGUAGCUGUAGUAAAGCCAUAAUAGCUAGACUGAAAGGGGAUCUCCCCCUCGAUCCGCCACUGCAUACACACCAUCGAUAUCUGUAAUGGCAAUACAAUAAAACGUCGAUUAUCUGGCAGGGAAAAUUUAUCUAUGUCGGGGCCACUGAUCUACAUUCAACUAAUAACAAACAGGUGCGCAAAUAACAGCUUUUAUCAUGGAGAGAGGCCUUUUGCGGAUGCGUAGACGACUACAUGCCCUACAUUGCACUGCUGUUUUACCACCAAUUAUGUGGAUGGAUUAAGGUGUGGUUUAUCCAUUCGCGGUAUAAGCUGCAUAUAAAGAAACAAGGAAGGAGUUUCUCAAAGUUGGAUUUUUCUGAAAAUAGCCUGUUGACCUCGGAGCACCAUGCAUGCAUGUAAGUGAGUAGGAGGAGUGAUAAAUGCUGUGCAAGUAGAGUAGAGUAGUCACCUCCUUUGAGUUGUGUGAAAGUCUGCAGUUAGUUACCCAGAUUUGUAGUUUUUUUGUACAAAGAUCAAAGGAAAAACUAUAAUAUUAUGCUAACAAAUGCAUAGACUAGGAUCUUACAACUGUAGUAACCACAGACUGUGCUCUAUUAUUCUGUGGUUGGCAUUUUUGAUAGUUAGAGCACCACUGGGAGUUAGAGCCCAGUUGGUGGUCAAAAUAAUUGAUUUUUAAGCCAUAGAAUUUUAUAGCUACACUGCUCCAUGGUUGCAAUAGAGUACAGCAAAGUGAUUCUAUAAGCUUCUAGCAAUGCUAUCUUGCUAACAAAGGCUUUAUUCUCGAGUAAAGGCUAGUUUUGCUUACCAGUACGUUGAAGGCCAUUGCAGUCUCUCCAGAAUCAGGAAUAACAAAAUCUUUUUGUAGAAGGUUGCUAUUCUACUUAGUAGUUAGCUCUAUACUAGAGCCGAUAGCUAUUGGUAGCUGCAAGAAGCUAAAAACUACAAACCAGUUAAUGCACUGUUUUACGCUCGUGCCCUAUGGAUAUUAUUGGCCUUGCGGAAGUUCUUAAAGCAUCAUGCAGCACUCGGCUUCGCCUCGAGCUACAUGAGCUUCUCAAACUUCCGCUGGGCCAAUAAUAUCCAUAGAGCACUCACAACCGUGCAUUAACUAGUACGUAGCACUGUAGUACAUGUAUUUUACUUUACAUGAACUUGGCCUUCAUUGUUAUAUUGAUUUUGUGAUGUGUGGGUGGACUAAAAUAACACAGACAGGUUCACUACAUUGUGGUUGCAGUGCUCUUGGUCCAGUCUAGACUGGAAUCCUACUCCCUUUCUCUUGGAGAAAGGGACUGGCAAGCUGCCCUGUUGAGAGUUGUCCCGUUGGAAUGCCAUUGGCAUAAAAUACGUAAUGCGUGGGUGAUAUUACUUUAGCCUCGAUAACAGACUGCCAGUGAUGUACUGUCUUAUACUCCAAGCCGAUAAUAUUUUGUGCAGUUAAUACAAUGUAGUUAGCGCCUGGGCGGUGGUACAUGACUAUAUAUUUGUGACGUUUACAUUCUUGUGGGAGCGUUACAUUCUUCACGCACUGUGACAACCCUUAACACAGCAGCUUACCAGUCUCUUUCUUCCCAAGAGAGAAGGGGAGUGGUUUCCAGUCUUGGAGUAUAUAGCCUGCAAAGGUCGCUAUACAGUGGUUUACUUUUCCACAAAAAGCACUGCAACCACAAUGUAAUGAUUACCUGUUUGUGUUAUUAUUUUAGGUCAAAGUAAAGUAAAAUAGCAUUACAGCAGACUUUCACACAACUCAAAGGAUGUACAUGUAGUACUCUACUUGCACAGCUCCUAUACUCAUCGAGGUUAAACAAGCUGUUUCCGGAAAAACCAAUUUCGAGCAACUCCUUCUUGGUUCACUAUGCAUGCAGCAGUACCAUAGAUUAAAGAGGGAGAGGGAUUGGAAACGGAAGUAACAUCACGUGACAUUUUACAUUGAAUUUGCAGCAUGGCACCAGAGAGCUUUGAUGUUAAUUCGUGUUACGGUUGCGCAGCACGCGGGAAACAAUAUUUCAUGAAUUAUGAUCACUGCAAGAUAUUCAGAGCCCCCUAAACGUCAUUCUCAUGCCCCCUCCCCUAAUGGUGAGCAUCAGUUGGAAAGAAAAAUACAUUUUUGACUUUUGUGAAGAUAGGUAUAUACAAAACGUUCUUUUGUCACGCUAGUGCAUGUAUAUAAUUAUUAGCAUUUUGCAGGCCAUGGCAAUUCCAAGUUAAUAUCGCUUUUGGCUUUUUACUACAGAAGCCAACCAAAAUACUGAUUACUGUAUAGCGGGAAAUGUUUGCUAUUUGGCUUCAGCAGAAUACUGGUGCGUGGGGGAGUCAGUUUGAGUCAGUUUUAAUUUUCACAUCUUCGAAAAACGCGAAAUUUUGCAUCUCAUGAAAAUUUCCCGCUGUACGGAUUAUCCUGUAUUUACUACAUUGUGACGUUGUGGUUGCAGUGCUCUGGAGUAGAGCCUGCAAAUUAUGGUAUGGAAAAAACCAUAAACCAUUCUCUUUUGGUGCAAUGCAUGUGUGGUCUAGUUUGUGGUGGAAUGUGAUGGGGCAAGCAGUUGCAUGCCUGGAAUGACCUUGCAGUUAUAAACUGGUUUCUAAGUAGGUAUCUCUUAAUCUUAUAUCAAAGCUUAGUAUUCUAGUUGCACACCUGGUUUACUAUCCUGUUGUUGAAGAUGGCAAGUUCUAGUGGUAUCCAAGACACAAUUGAAAAGACUGUCAUCUCAAAUCUCGGUGAAAUUGUGAAGACAAUCCAGUGUCGAUUUUCUUGUGGAGGCUCCCUUCCCCAAGUGGACAAUGUAACCGUAAUAUACUACACCAAGAAGCCAGGAAACUUCCAUGCACUAACCUUGCCAGCGGAUGUGAUGGAGGACAAGAAUCUUCCUGAGUUCCUCAAGGCCUGCUCUACUGCUAGUUUUGACAUAUGCAGUCGUAGUGUCACUGACCCAACUUAUAGGGAUGCUCUCAAACUAGAUCCAGAUUGUUUCAUUGCUGAUUUUGAGUUAGCCAAUACAACGAUUCUUGGCUCCAUUGCUAGCAUCAUGGCUGUUGGGUCUUCCAUCCGAGCAGAGCUGUAUAAACUGAAUGUCUAUUCGAUUGGCAGUCAUUUUAAGGCUCAUGUGGACACACCUCGAUCUCCGGAAAUGUUUGCAAGCCUGGUAGUGAGUCUCCCCUCCCAGUUUACAGGAGGUGCUCUAGUGACCAGGCACCUGGGACACAGGAUGACGUUUGAUUGGAGCUCUUCCCCGACAACCACUCAGUGGGCUGCGUUCUAUAGCGAUGUAGAGUACGAAGUUCUCCCUGUGACCAGCGGCCAUUGCUUCACCCUCACCUACAACCUCUACCACACUUUGCCUGCCUGCCAUCCAGCAUCACUCGACAUUGCUACCAGCCCUCUCCACAAAGAGCUUCAGGCUGCUUUGAAAACCCCUCACUUUUUGAGGGGGGGUGGAACUCUCGGAUUCUUCUGUCGCUAUCGAUAUGUGGAGUGUGAGAAUGAUGACUUCCUCAUGUUUGGAGACGUCCCUUUCCUUAGAGGAGAAGACAUGAUCAUUUACCGUGUGGCCAAAUUACUUAAUCUCUCUGUGCAGUUGAAGGCAAUUUGUUUAGGAGGCGAUGAUAAUGGUUACACGGAUUUCAUUGUACCAUCGUUUCUACACAAAGUGAAUGAAUUUCCAGAUGAAGAGUCUAAUGACGAAGCCAAGCUGGCAGAGGCUUUUGGCCAUGUCGUGAAUGCUAAGAAUGUUCAUUGGUGUGUGUGGACGGAGGAGAGGAAGGUGCCAUUGCUCUCAACUGUUUACCUUGGCAACAAUGCAACUGCCGAAGUGUAUUACCAAUCCGCUGCUCUGCUAAUGGAAGUACCCAAGUUCACCGAUGGUCGUGGAGUUCCUGUUGCUUCUGUACAAGCUGUGCUCAGUUGUAUCGAACAGGUCAAUGAGGAAAUCAGCAAAGGUGAAGCUGAUGUAGAUAAGUUUAACAAUGAAAUCGAAGAACUUGAAGCUGAUAUUGGGAAUAUUGUUGAGAAGAUCGUUGAGAAGAUUGAAGGCGAUAGUGAUGAAGUACAAAAAUUUAAUGAUGAGCGAGAAGAAUUGAAAAAGCAGGUGUAUUUGAAACGCAACCAAUUAACGCACAUGAAGUCCAAUCAGAAGAUGGUACAGGAUAGGCACCCUAAACUUUUGACAGAGAGAAAUGAGCUGAUGUUUAUGGUCCCACCCUCCAAAAGGGCUAAGAACUGAGCAGUUGUUAAUCAACCAUAUUUUUCUUGCAUUUAAUCUCUCCUAUUACAUUUUUUUAUGUGAUCUCUUACACUUCUCCAUGUUUAUUUUGGCAUUGCGUUUUAGUGUUGUGUUCUUGCUCUGCCUUUUUGCCAAUUCAUAUAUGCAAUAUACAGUGCAUGAAGAGAAUGUGCAUGCAUGCAUGCGUGCAUUCAUGUAAAAUGUAAAUCAGUAGCUGAUGGACUGCUUACAGGAAUCUUUUAUUAAAUGUCGAUGGUUGCGUACGUAGGUUGAGGUGCAAACCCUCAAUGCUCUUCGUUGCUCAGUGUAAGUGUGUACUAUAUAUAUAUGUUUCCUAGCCUAUGAUUAAUCACAAAUGUUUCUCUUUGGCCUCUAUACAAGCGUAUUUGUACACCUUAGCGCUAGCAUACGUGUAUACAUCCGAAUGAAAAUUUAUCUAUCUAUCUAUCUAUCUAUACAUCAUAUGCACAUGCAUGAAUGUCAUUACAUGCACAUGUACAUGGACAACACACUCAGUACAUGCUAGCCUCGUCCCCAGACCGAUUUUCUCCUAUUAAAUAAAAUUAGACUGGGGACGAGGCUAGUUCAUAUUUCCAUACAGUUUGACUAGUUCACAGUGUGUAAAUUUACCUUAUAAAAAGGAUUACAUUAGACUCGCUGGCCAGUCCUAGGGAAGGGACUAGUCAACUGCCAAUCAUAGAGAUGUUUUAGUAUUUUAAUUAGUUGUAUGACAUCAUUCAUGUGGCUUGUGCAGUUGACCAAAGAUCAAAUUAAUGUGGGUUUUGUCCGUGGUUCAUAUAGCUCCAGCCCAACUAUAACGAAAUAUGUGGGUGAAAUACGUCACAUGACAUCAAAGAAUGGACUUCCUGCCACCUCCUCCCCACCCACUCUCACGUGGAAAUUGAUCAGUUGAUUAUUUGUGUUUGAAAAUCGAAGACUGGCAGCUACUUGUACUCUGGCAUCGUCUAGUCGUUUUGUAGGGGUAACAUAAUGUGCAAAUGGUUCCAAAUUCCUUCCUCCGUUCGCUGAGCAGAGAGGGUCUUGAGUUGUUGGAUGUGGUCUUCCAACUUGGCCAUAAGCUCCGUCUCACGAAUAUCAAGAACUCGACGAAUCUGUUCGCAAUUUGCAUGAAUACUAGCUUCCAAAUUCGUCUUUUGUUUAGGUAUCUUCCCACAUGCAUCGGCUGUCCAGAUUGACUGGAGCUGUAUUGGUGGCCUCUAGCUGUUUCUCAAUGGAUCCCAGGGAGUCUAGGAUCUCUUUCUCGUGGCUCUCAACGGUGUCGGCUAUCAGAUAGUACUUGUGGUGUUUGUAUAUACAUAAACGAUGCGCACAUCAACCAUACAGAAAACUAGAGGGGGGGAGAAGGGAAAUUAGUUAUAAGAGGCUAACACAUGUGAAAAACACAUGUAUACCAUAAACACACGUUUAUAAUCAACUCUAGCGAUUAUGUUUUGUAAUGUGCAAUGUAUUAAGGCUACAACAGCUCACCUUCUAGAGAGUUGAAGAAAGGACAAAGAAGCAGCUACAAAGCUUUGUGGUACCAGGAACAGAAAUUCAGUACUCUUAUUCGGAAAAUCACACAUUCUUUAAUAAUACAGCCCAUCUGAGAUGUAUGUGUUUGUGUGGCACCAAUAAUCUAUGGUGGCAGCACAUACCGUACUAUUCCACACAAUGCCAUGGCCAUCUAAGUACAUGUAUACACAUGACCUAUGUAUAGGCAUACACAGUGAUAGGCAUGCAUACACACCAUCUCCUAUAGUGCGUGCACACACACACACACACACACACACACACACACACACACACACACACACA